GCAAGAUUUGACGCACAAGGAUCGUAUAUGGAAUAGUCUCAACGAGAACGAGUGCCAGGUUACGCCAGCCUUUAUGAAUAUAUCUUUACGAAUAUGGCCCUAAUCCUAUUUGUAUCUUGACGAACUAAAAGGCUGUUUUUUAGCGUGCAUUAACUGUUUUCCCCUUCUAUCCUCCUUUUUGCAGGGAAAUUAAAUAAAAAAAGUUUGUUUUUUCUUAAUAAUAGCACCAUUUUUUUCCAAGCUAAAAAAGAAACGGAUUGGAAUAGAGACUAGAUGUGGUGCACAGACCUUUUUGAAAAAGGGUCCUUUAAAAAGCAAUGACGACAAAGGAAAAAGAGGUGCUCCCCGUAAGAAUGUGUUGUUGUUUUUUCAAUUUUCCCCAAAAACAGACAGAUAAGGGAUCUGCGUUUCUCUGUCUUCCGCUCCUUCGCUCUCUCUCUCUCUCUCUCUCAUUCACUUUCAAUUGCACGGGGGGAUUUUCCUCUUUUUCGGUCGGUGUAUGUAUGACUGGGCGAUCCUGGGUCACUGACUCCGAUCCCAAAAGUUUUUUCUCGAGUUUCUGUACAUACACGCGCACUAUUGUUUUGUUUGAUCAUAAUAAAAAGCCCCAUAUCCGAAGGUGGAGAAGGAAUAUUUUCGAUGUGUCGUACGUCGUACAAUAUCAACAAGACACAAAUUUGGCCAAUUACACCUGUACUACCUUACGGCCGACGACGGUGAUCGUUUUCUUUUUAUAUACAUAUUCUUGUGUUCAUGCUUGCAUUUCUGGGAGAAGGAACAAUUUGAAAUUUGAUUACGAUAUUUGUUGCUUUAUUAUAACAUGAGAUAACAAAAGGAGUAAAGGGACGAAUAAAUUGUUAUUGUGACAUUUUGCAUAUUACAUUAAGAAUAGACGAAGGGAGAGGUUUAUAUAGAGUGUAUGCUGGGAUUGUGCGAGAGAGGAAGAGAGAUAGUGUGUGUGUCAAGUGUUGC